AGUGACCCUGGAGGGACCCCCUUCAGAGGUGAGGAUGGCUGCGCUGCCUUCCCUGUGGCCUCAUCUUUUUCUGACUGUAACAUCAUUCAGACUGCAGAGAAGUCAUCUGUGUGUAAUCAGUGUGGAAACUCUUUCAGCUGUUGUUGUAAGCGCAUAUACCAGAGAACACAAACUGGAGAAAAGCCCUUCGAAUGUACUCAUUGUGGGAAAUCUUUUAGUCAGAGCUAUGACCUUGUCGUACAUCAGAGGACACACACUGGAGAGAAGCCCUAUGAGUGCGACCUGUGUGGGAAAUCCUUCACCCAGCGAUCCAAACUUAUUACGCAUCAGCGAAUUCACACUGGAGAAAAACCGUAUCAGUGUGUUGAAUGUGGAAAAUCCUUCAGGUGGAACUCUAACCUCAUUGUACAUCAGAGAAUUCAUACUGGAGAGAAACCGUACGAGUGCACUCACUGUGGAAAGUCCUUCAGCCAAAGCUAUGAGUUAGUUACACAUACAAGAACCCACACUGGAGAAAAGCCCUUCAGAUGUACUCAGUGUGGGAAAUCUUUCAGCCAGAAGUAUGAUCUUGUCGUACAUCAGAGGACACACACUGGAGAGAAACCCUAUGAGUGCAACCUGUGUGGGAAAUCCUUCUCCCAGAGUUCCAAACUUAUUACGCAUCAGCGAAUUCACACUGGAGAAAAACCGUAUCUGUGUAUCGAAUGUGGGAAAUCCUUCAGGUGGAACUCUAACCUCGUCAUCCAUCAGAGAAUUCAUACUGGGGAGAAACCGUACAAGUGCACUCAUUGUGGAAAGUCCUUCAGCCAAAGCUAUCAAUUAGUUGCACAUAAAAGAACUCACACUGGAGAAAAGCCCUAUGAAUGUAACCAGUGUGGAAAAGCCUUCAAUCGAAGCACUCAGCUCAUCAGGCAUCUGCAAAUUCACACUGGGGAGAAGCCGUACAAAUGCAAUCAGUGUGAUAAAGCCUUUGCGAGGAGCUCCUACCUUGUGAUGCAUCAGAGAACUCACACUGGUGAGAAACCUUUUGAGUGCAGUCAGUGUGGGAAAGCCUUUACAGGGAGCUCUAACCUUCUUUCCCAUCAGAGAAUUCAUUCUGGAGAGAAACCCUACGAAUGUAGUGACUGUGGGAAAUCCUUCCGGCAGCGAUCUCAGCUUGUAGUGCAUCGGCGGACACAUACUGGAGAGAAACCUUAGGAGUGCAGUCAUUGUGGGAAAACUUUCAGCCAGAGGUCUCCCCUCAUCAUGCACCAGAGGACACCUGUCAGUGGGAAGAGCUAUCAGUGUGAUGUGUAUUAAGGCCUUCAGCCAGCAGUAGUGACUCAUUAAACAUCAGAGAAUGCAUCCUGGAGGAAAGCCCUAUGAAUGCAUUGAUUGUGGGAAAGCCUUCAAUGAUCGCUCAACCCUUAGUAAACAUGAGAGGACGCACACUGGAGAGAAACCCUAUGAAUGUGACCACUGCGAGCAAGCCUUUAGCCAGCGGUGUCAACUUACCAGGCAUUGGAGAGUUCAUACUGGAGAGAAGCCCUAUGAAUGUUAAUGUGGAAAAGUUUCCAGUUAGGAUACUUCCCUUAUUCAACAUGAGAAAGCUCAUGGGCAAGAAACUCUCUGAAUAACCAAGAUGGAGCCAGAUGCAGUUGCCAACACCUGUAAUCCCAGCACUUUGGGAGGCCAAGGCAGGUGGAUUGCUUGAGCCCAGGAGUUUGAGACCAGCCUGGGUAACAUGACAAAAUCCUGUCUUUACAAAAAAUACAAAAAUUAGUCUAGCAUGGUGGUGCAUACCUGUAGUCCUAGCUACUCAGGUGACUGAGGUGGGAGGAUCACUUGAGCUUGGGAGGCGGAGGUUACAGUGAGCUGUGAUCAUGCCAUCACACUGCUGCCUUAUGAGAGAGUGAGAUAGUCUCUAAAUAAAUAAUAACCAAGAUAGGAAAUUUCCCUGCCAUACCCUCUUUACUAGAAAUCAAGUGGCUAAAACAUGACUCUCAGAGUGGGGCUUCAUGACCAUGUGCAUCAGAAUUGCCUGGAGUGUGCACUAAAAUUGUAUUAUGAUGCUCAUUCUAGCCAACUGAAUAAAAAUCUCUGGUAGUA